UAAUCUGAAACAAAAAUAAAAUAUUUAUUUUAAAUAAUCUUUGAAUGAAUAAAUCUCAUCGAGGUCUACUAGACAAAAUAUUACCUUCCGAUUCCAAACAUGAUUCGCAAACGUAAUUAAGGCAGUUAAGGCUAGUUCGCAUUAGGCUAGUAGUUUAGUCGAGUGCCGAGUAAUUUAGUAGCUAAACUACUCGCUACUGCACAGAAAUCGUUCGCAUUAUGGUCCAGUACAGUACACAAGUGUGUGGUGUUUUGCAAGAUGAACGCGCUGCAACGUAAUGAAGUUAAUAAAGUAAUUAAGCUAAUCGCAAUGGCUAUUGUAGAAGAGGUGGAAGAGGAAAUUUUAGAGACAAAGAAAAAAAAAAUAUGGGUGCGAAAAUGGAUUGAUAGAAGAGACAAACUAGGUGCUACUAAUUGUCUUCUGAAGGAAUUAGCAUUGGAAGAUCCCAAAGAAUACUUCAAUACUUUGAGAAUGUCCGAAAGUUGUGUAAAUUUUCUGUUAACGAAAAUACACUCUCAAAUUCAGCGUAAAGAUACUCUUUUGAGGAGUGCAAUUCCUGCAAUUACAAAAUUACAAGCAGUUCUUUACUUUCUUGCUACUGGAUGUAGUCUAAGGACACUCACACAUAUAUUCAGACUCGGAAAAUCAACUAUUUCUGAAUUCAUUAUCGAAGUUUGUGAAGCAAUCUAUGAAUCAUUAAAGGAAUUUAUCAAGAUUCCUACUACAACAGAAUGGAAAAUAAUUGAAAAUGGUUUUCGAGAACAGUGGAAUUUUCCAGGGUGCUGUGGAGCUAUCGACGGCAAACAUUUCGUCAUUAAGGCACCCCCUGAAUCAGGAAGUUUAUAUUAUAAUUACAAAGAGACAAACAGCAUUGUCUUAAUGGCUGUUGUAGAUCAUAAAUAUUGCUUUUCUUAUAUAGAUGUUGGGUGUAAUGGAAGGGUUUCUGAUGGAGGCGUAUUUCGUAACUGUAGUUUGUACCAAGAAUUAGAAAACGGUGGUCUACCAGAGGGUCAUGUCCUAGUCGGUGACAACGCAUUUCCCUUGAAAGAAUAUUUAUUAAAACCUUUUCCAGGAAAUCGAUUAACGCUACAGCAAAAAAUUUUUAAUUAUCGUUUAUCUCGGGCUAGAAGAAUAGUAGAAAAUGCCUUCGGUAUAUUAGCUGCCAGAUUCAGAGUGUUUGAAAAACCGAUGCCCUAUAGUCCUGAGAAAGUUGUUAAGAUAGUAAAGACUUGUUGCGCUCUACACAAUUGGCUUCGACAAACAAAAUUACAGAACAAACAGUAUGAAUACACAGUAGACUCAGAACACUUUGAAACAGGAACUAUCGUUCCUGGUAAUUGGAGAAGUGAGCCACAAUCUCAGGGAAUUCAACCGCUACCUAUUUCUUUAAGUAACCGGUCAUCCCAAAGAUCUACAGAUGUUCGGGAGAGAUAUGCAAAUUAUUUUGUCGGAAGUGGAUCUGUCCCUUGGCAGACAAGAAUGAUACAUUAAAUAGCAACACUACAGUAUAAUCACAUAAUUAUUGUAUUGUAAUAAUGUGUAGAUAGGUAGGUACUUACCAAAUUACUUUCACUUUCUGUGAGUAUUGAGGUUAUGUUUCUUAGAUAUGAAUCUAAUAAAUUGAACCAUUUCACUGAAGGGAUAUAAAUCGUGUCGGUCCCAGAGCCUGAACUUUUGGAGUCCUUUAUUUUUUUUAAUUCCUGCGAGUAGGUAGAUCUAAAAAGAAAUGGAUGUCAUUAGGUUAGAUGACUUCUAAAAACAUAGGUAUUAAUAAUAAUAAGAGCUUAUUGUAUAUAGUAAUAAAUAUGCUUCUGAAAUACUUAAAAUAAACAAAAAAAAGCACUAA